UUUUUGCUUACAUAACUGUACCGCAGUUAAUACCACAGUCAACAUCCGCUGCAGAGAUGAUUCGAACUGUGUGUGGAAGAAUUUUGUCUGCAGCAUCAGCUCAGGUGCGGACCUUCCACCGCACCACAGCAGUAUCUGGAUCACAGUCAUUUGUGCACAGAGAUUCACCAGAAAAUAGUCCUAACACACCUUUUGAAUUCACACAGGAAAAUUUGAAGAGGGCAGAGGUCAUCAUUGGUAAUUACCCAGAAGGCCAUGAGGCAGCAGCUGUGAUUCCACUUCUUGAUAUUGCACAAAGACAACACGGAUGGCUUCCUAUCUCAGCCAUGCACAAGGUAGCAGAAAUGCUUCGCAUGCCCAAGAUGAGAGUGUAUGAAGUUGCCACAUUUUACACAAUGUUUAACAGGAAGCCAGUGGGUAAAUAUUUUGUUCAGAUCUGCACCACCACCCCCUGUAUUCUGGGAGGAGUUGGGUCGGAUGUUAUACUGAAGGCAAUUGAGGAAAACUUAGGAAUUAAGCCAGGUGAGAUGACAAAUGAUGGGGAGUUCAGUUUGCUGGAGGUGGAGUGCCUGGGGGCCUGUGUAAAUGCCCCCAUGGUGCAGAUUAACGACGACUAUUAUGAAGACUUGACUGUUGAUGAUAUUAACAGAAUAUUGAAUGACAUUAAACAAGGCAAAAAACCCACACCAGGGCCACAGAGUGGUCAGAAUCACCGAUUUGCCUCAGAACCUAAGGGUGGGUUGACCUGUCUAACAGAACCACCCACAGGGCCAGGAUUUGGAGUUAGACCCGAUUUAUAAGAAUAAAAAUUCACUGACAAUGCAUGUACUGUUAAAAUGUGGAAAAUUGAUGAAAAUGUUCUGUGGCUGUUAUGAACUUGUACAUAUUUUGUAUGGUCUUACAGAAAACUGAAAUAAAAUAUUCAAAACUCUU